AAAUUUCUUUUAACUAUUUUUCUCCCCAAUUUUCAGGAACAAAUAUCCCCUCAUUUCUAUCAAUUCUAGUAAAUGGUUGUUUAACUUCAUCAAAUAACUGGCCUCUUAGUUUAAUAGCUGCUGGUCCAGUUUAUUACAAAACAACAAAAAAUUUGGCAAAAUUUUCUCAAACUGAACAAAUUUCGAUUUUAACAAUGGGAAGUGAUAAAGAGGAAUGUGUUUCAAGACAAGCUGAAAUUUUUACCAUUUUGAAAAAUUUUUUGGAAAAAAUUUUGAAGGAGGGAGAACUUGAAGUAUCUGUAAAACAACCAGAAGAUCUUCAACUUUGGGAACGUUCAUCGUUAAAUAUUAGUAAUAAAAAAGAUGAUGUGAUAAGUCAGAUUGCUUCAUUUUCAAAUAUUGGUAUAAUUUUUUUAAAUUUUAUUUUAAAGAAAUUUGUGGGGGAUAUUAACGAUUUGGGGUAUAAUAGAACCAACCUGAUUUUAGAUACCCUCCCUCAACGUUAG